AUGGAUCCUUCGGAGAAGACGAUAUCGGUGUGGAUCUGCCAGGAGGAGAAACUGGUGUCCGGUCUCUCCCGUCGCACCACUUGCUCGGACGUAGUGCGGGUGCUCUUGGAGGAUGGCUGCCAGCGGCGACGCCGGCAGAGGCGAGGCCGGCGGCGGGGCAUAGCUGGCGACCCGCCAGGCCCAGGGGAGCUGCCGGAACCCCUGGACGAGGACGAAGAGGACGACGACGACGAGGCGCUGCCCCAGGGCAUGUUGUGCGGGCCCCCGCAGUGCUAUUGCAUUGUGGAGAAGUGGCGGGGCUUUGAGCGCAUCCUGCCCAACAAGACGCGCAUCUUGCGCCUCUGGGACGCCUGGGGCGACGAGCGAGAGAACGUACGCUUCGUGCUGGUGCGUAGCGAGGCGUCGCUGCCCAACACGGGACCCCGCAGUGCCGAGGCGCGCGUUGUGCUCAGUCGCGAGCGCACCUGCUCCGCCCGGGGCGUCCCGGCGCGGCCCAGCCUGGCUCUGACCCAGGAGAAGCAGCGACGGGUGGUGCGGAAGGCCUUCCGCAAGCUGGCCAAGCUCAACCGGCGGCGCCAGCAGCAGCCGUCGUCGCCUUGCUCGUCCACUUCGUCGUCCACAGCCUCGUCAUGCUCGUCGUCGCCGCGGGCCGCCGAGAGCGCGUCGGUGGAGCGCAUGGAGACGCUGGUGCAUUUGGUGCUCUCCCAGGACCACACCAUCCGUCAGCAGGUGCAGCGGCUCCGGGAGCUGGACCGAGAGAUUGACCGGUACGAGGCCAAGGUGCAUCUGGACCGCAUGCGGCGGCACGGAGUGAACUACGUGCAGGAUACCUACUUGGUGGGCGCAGGCAUCGAGCUCGACGGGCGCGGCUCGGGAGAGGAGCCGGCGGCGGCGACGCCGGCCCUGGACGGCGAGGCUCAGGCGGUCGAGCUGGAGGAGCUGGCCCGGCGCUGCGACGACCUGCUGCGGUUGCAGGAGCAGCGGGCCCAACAGGAGGAGUUGCUCGAGCGCCUCUCAGCCGAAAUCCAGGAGGAAUUGAACCAGAGGUGGAUGCGGAGGCGCCAGGAGGAGCUCGCAGCGCGGGAGGAUCCCCCGGAGGCUGAUGGCGGCCUCGACGGUGAGCUGCUGCUGGAGCGGGAGCGGGUCAGGACGCAGCUCAGCACCAGCCUCUACAUAGGGCUCCGGCUCAACACGGACCUUGAGACCGUCAAGUCGGACUUAGAUUACAGCCAGCAGCAGUGGGACAGCAAGGAGCGCGAGCUACAGGGCCUUCUCCAGACUUUGCACUCGUUGGAGCUGACGGUAGCUCCCGAUGGAACUCCGGUCUCGAGCGGUCCCUCGCAGGAACCCCGGCCUCAGGCCUGCGCCGAGGUGUGGGUGGACCAGGCCCGCGGACUGGCCAAGAGCUGUCCUGGUAACGACGAGGACUCGGAUACCGGGCUGAGCUCUAUGCACAGCCAGGACUCGGACUCAGUGCCUGUGUGCGAAUCCCUUGUGUAG